CGGACACCAUUUCCGCAAGGCACAAUCGAGUCGCACUCCGCACGCUUCGGGAAUCGCCUGCGUCCUCCCUUUCCUCCCAUAGGACAGCACCUGCAUGUAGCGCCCCAGUCGAUCGAUCAGACAGAAUUCCUAGUCCCCUCAUCGACCCCGCUUCCUCGGUAUCCCUUCAUUCCUCCCACGCCCAUCGCGACCAACACCGCGGCGGGGUGUGCUCUGCAGUGCCGCCUCGAUCGCAGAUAUGCCCUGGCGGCCUCUGCCUCGAAUCGCUUUCGCCGUCGCCAUCUAUCCCUUCCAGCCGACGACCCCGGCCGACCUGCCCCUCGAGCUGGGCGAUGAGUUGUACAUAAUCGAGCAGGGCGGCGCCAAUGGCGAGUGGUGUCGCGGCUACCUGGUCGCGCCGCCGUCCUUGCUGGCGGGCCUGACCAGCACCAAAGGCCAAACCCUCGAGGCCCGCGUCUUCUCGGGCAUCUUCCCGCGCAAUUGUGUCGAAAUUCGCGAGGUGUUGGGCGACGGAGAAAAGACAAUCACAAAUGGCGACCGGUCGAGCAUGGCCCUGACGGUCGGUGCGGAGGGGGAUGUGCGCCGCAGCGUGGCCUCCUUUCACGACGACGAAAAUACGUUCGGGGAAGUGUCUAAUGUCGUCAUUGCGAAGAAGGGGAAACCCUCGCAGAUAUUCAUUCAGAAGCAGGACGACGAAAGUCAAGGCAGUCCCGGAAGCCCGCGUUCCCUCCAUAGAGAUCUCCUCAGGACACUCUCGAUGCAGCUCUCCCCCCUUGCCGUGGCUCCGCGAGACCCCAACGCGCCGAAACCAGCCGCCCCCGUGCCGAUGCUCAAGAUCGGUGAUGAGACCCCCACAUCGCUCUCCGAGCCGCUUGUCGACGAAAUCGCAUCGUGUUUGCGCGAAUGGCAUUCCACCAACCUCCACCAACUCCUCCUUUCGCGCCAAUAUGACCCGGUGGAGGAGAUGUCUAAGAUCGUCGAGGAGCUCGAUUUUUCACGACGGCAGCUACUAUACAAUGUGCUCACCGCACAAGAAAAGGAAUCGCUACGACAGGAGGUGGUCUGGAAGCUUGUCCGGGGAAACAAAGCGCUGGGCGGAGAUAUCAUUGUGCGCGAUCCGGAGCAGAGAGGGCGCCUUCUCACCGGAGAGGAUUCGGCCAUUGAUCUGGCGAGACUACAGUCCGAGAUGAGCAUGCUUGAUAGCAGCCCCACGCAGCAGUCUGAUACAGCUGCGCUCCAUCAUUUGCUGCUCGAGGUCAACGCUGUCUCUGGCCAUGCUCCCGGGCCUGUAACGCUGGCCGUGUACCUGUGUGCGCAGUCGGAAACGGGCGCCCUCACCCCCCUAUCGGAGACUUACCUCUUGGAUAUUCCUUCGCCCGAGACGUUCGCCAGUAUGGGACAGAACGCCAGACUGAAAACACUAUUCACCGACAUUAGCAGCACGGACAUCGGUGACGGUUCGGCAAACGGUCCGAAGCUAUAUCUGAUUGUUGCCGUCCGUGCACCGGAAAUCACGUCCGUGGUAGCUCCGCCACGAUCGUCCAUCUCGCGCGAUGGCUCGACUGCCAGGCCGCCGGCCGGGGUCAACCCCUCGGUCAAGGGCAGCUUAAGGACUCGCCGCAGCAUGAUGUGGACGUCAAAGCCGCGCGGCAUACAGAGCCCCGAACAGGGGAAAGAGAUGAACAAAAAUCCCCCGCCAUCAACCGCAAGCAGCACGAGCACCACCAAGGAACGUUCUAACAGUCAGCCUGUCAAGGAUACGACCCAAAUUCGUACCGUGGGAGUCGGCUUUCUUGAGGUUUCCCAAAUUAUCCGCCAGGAGAAGGACAACGAGCAGGUGAUCAAUAUAUGGUCGCCGUCUGAGGAGGCCGAGGACAAAGAGGGCCGUGGCGACGGCUUCGAUGGAGUAGUCCGCACGCUGCUCCCGAGCGCCAGUGGUAAGUACGUGCGGUCCCACCGGGCCGCUAGACUCCAUUUCCAGCUCUAUCCACAUGCAAACGCCGACGCGGACGACCUGGUUCGCAAGAAUCCCACCAGUCUGCACAACGUCAUACAGACCAGGAGGAUUGGCUUCUCCCAGGCCCCGACCAAACCCAGAUCCGAUAUCUACGUGACCAUCUCCCACGCCACGUUCCCUCCUGAAGCGCUCCUUUCGCAUCCCCAGUCGGGCCAGGUUCCGGUGCCAGCACAUGCCGGGCAUCGCAACCUCCAGCUGACGCUUGAGGUGCGGACAUCGUCCGGCGCACGUGUAGAUCGAUGUGUCUUUCCCUCGUCCAACACCCCCGCGCAGACGGCGUGGCGGACUACAAUAGCUGAAAGGGGGGCGCCUUGGAACCAAACUAUUCGUCUCAACAUCCCCACAGACCAGCUUCAAGGGUCGCAUCUGAUCAUGAGCAUUGCGGAUGCUCCCGAGUUUCCGUUUGCGUUGGCAUGGAUGCCUUUGUGGGACAAUCAGGCUUUCAUGCGAGACGGGCCUCAUCCGCUCUUGCUGCAUGCUUAUGAUAAGUGCACGUCGAGCAUUGAGAACGGGAAAGGUGCCUAUUUAUCGCUUCCAUGGAGCGCACUGGGCAAGAAUGAGUCGGCAAAAGACGAGGCCAUUACCGGCCCAUUAGCCACCCUACGGCUUGACACGCAUCUGUGCAGCACAGAAUUCUCCCAAGACCAAAUUAUCCUCAGCCUGUUGAACUGGAGAGAAAGGCCGGUGAGUGAGGUAUUAGAUACUCUCAAGAGGGUCCUCUUCGUGCCGGAGAUCGAAAUUGUCAAGCAGUUUAGCAGUGUCUUGGACUCGCUGUUUGGAAUUCUCGUCGAGAAUGCCGGCAAUGAGGAGUAUGAAGACCUGAUUUUUAACAACCUGGUGACGGUUCUUGGUAUCGUUCAUGACCGGCGGUUCAACUUGGGGCCAUUGGUUGAUCACUAUACCGACAAUCAGUUUAACUUUCCCUUCGCUACGCCAUGUCUCGUCAGAAGUUAUUCGCGUCUGCUCCAGGCCAGCUCCGACGCUCAGCAGUCGCGGAGCCUCCGCGCGACCUUCAAGGUUGGGCGACAUGUCCUUAAGUUCAUCAUCAAUGCGCGGCAGCAGCAGAAGGCCAAGGAGGAGGGCAUCGGCAUCACCAGGGUGCAGUCGACAUUCAACCGUGAUUUGCACACGAUAUUCAAGUCGCUCGAAGCUCUCAUGAAGAACCCGUCGCCCGCGAUGGUGGGGAGCAAGACGCUUGUUGUUCAGCACUUCCACACCUGGCUGCCAGAGCUUUCGAAAGUACUCAGUCGGGACGAAAUGAUCAUGAUUGCGCUCAGCUUCAUCGACUCGUGUAAGGACGUCACAGGCAUGUUGAUCCUCUACAAGCUGGUCUUGAUCCAGCAUUACACUCGCCUGGACAUAUUCGGCUCCGGUUCGGAGCGACGGAGUCUGAUAUCCAGCUGCAUCGGCUGGCUUGCACCGUACUGGGGUGCGACGGGGGCCAUAUCCGACUUGUAUCGUGAUCAAGUCCGGUUAUGCUGUGCGAUUGUGGCUGAGCUGAUGAAACAACCCGAUCCAUAUCUGUAUGAGUUUAUGCCGAGGAUUGUCUCGUCGUAUUACUCCAUCAUCCCUGAUGGUGUUGAAGAGACAGAUUACCUUUCCCUGCUUUUCAGCAAGUCAUUUCCAUUCCAGGUGAAGUCUUCAAAGUACACGCAAAAGUUCGACGAAGCGCUGGUGGAGCUGUCCGCAAUCAUGGCAGCCGCUACGACGAUACCCAACCCUAAGCGACCUCGGCUGAAGGGUUUGGAGCUUUCGAGCUUUCUUUCGCAGGCGUUUGAGGUGCAUACCUCGAUCCUUAACUGCGAGGCAUACCCGGAAUCGUGGCUCAGUGUCCAUGUGUACAACCACCGGGCGACUGUCAAGAGUCUCGAGUUCCUGGGCUCCAUCUUAACGAGUAAAUUCCUUCCGGCGCCGGAUGACGCAGAAACGUUUGACACGAGACUAUGGGAGAACUUCUUCAUGACUUUGCUGAAGGUGGUCUCGAGCGACGCUCUCGCCCUGGAGACUUUCCCGGAGCAGAAGCGACGCGCCAUCUGGAAGAUCGCAGGCGAUGUUCGGGAACAGGGUGCCGAUCUACUGCAUUCCAGCUGGGAAGCCAUUGGUUGGGAGACCACCGACGAGGAGAGAGAACAGUACGGGCUAAGCAAGCUGGGUGGCUACCAGGUGCAGUAUGUACCUGGCCUGGUGGCACCGAUAAUCGAGCUGUGCCUCAGCGUUCACGAAGGGCUCCGGCAUGUGGCUGUCGAUAUUCUACGGACGAUGAUCUUGAGCGAGUGGAGCUUGAACGAGGAUCUGUCUAUCAUUGAGACGGAGGUUAUUUCCAGCCUGGAUAACCUGUUCAAGAAGAAGAAGAACAUGAGUGAGAAUGUGGUUCAGAAACUCUUCAUUGGAGAACUGUCGGAACAUUUCGAAGGCUACGAGGACUUCGACGAAGACUUGUCCAACGCGGUCAAGGCCUUGAUAGCGACCGUGGACGAGCUACUCGACCUCUUUGUGGCCUCCCAGGGCGGUUCCAUGGCGGAAAGUCUGCAUACUCUUCGACUGAUGGAGUACAUGAAAGACAUGGGUCGCGAGGAUAUCUUCAUCCGGUAUGUCCACGAACUUGCCCAGGUGCAGGCGGCAGCGGGCAAUUUCACCGAAGCCGGACUGGCGCUCCAGUUCCAUGCCGAUCUGUACGAGUGGGAUCCAAAACGAGUGCUUCCCGAGCUGCUCAACCCUGCCUUCCCGGAGCAGACGUCGUUCGAGCGAAAGGAGUCUUUGUACUUCUCGGUCAUCCAAUAUUUCGAGGAUGCGAAGGCUUGGGGGCAUGCACUGUUGUGCUACAAGGAGCUCGCACAGCAGUAUGAGGACACGGUGGUGGACUUCGCCAAGCUCUCGAGAGCACAAGGCUCCAUGGCGAAGAUUUACGACGUCAUUGCGAAGGAAGAUAAGCAGUUCCCACGGUACUUCCGCGUGCUGUACAAGGGUCUUGGCUUCCCGGUUACUCUGCGCGAUAAGGAGUUCAUCAUUGAAUGCGCGCCGACCGAGCGCAUGGCCUCUUUCGUGGAUCGCAUGCAGAAAGAGCACCCCGCCGCGCAAAUCGUGUCGUCGGGAGAGCUGCAAGAUUACGAAGGCCAGUUCCUGCAGAUCAACCCUGUCAGCGUCCAGCGAGAUGUCGACCAUCCGGUUCAGCAACGGGCCAAGAUCCCACAGUCUGUCCGGGACCAUCUCUUGAUCUCCGAGCCCUGCCACUUCAGUUCGACGCUGAGAAGACACACGCGCGACGUCGACGUGAAGGAGCAAUGGGUGGAGAAGGUCGUCUACACCACUGCAGAUCCUUUCCCGAACAUUCUCCGCCGCAGUGAAGUGGUUGAGGUGAAGGAGGUGGCGAUGUCGCCUCUGCAGACGGCGCUGGAACGGACCUGGCGCAAGACGCAGGAAUUGUCGUUGUUACAACGGCGGGCCGCAUCUGGCGAAGACACGAGCCUCACUAACCUCACGGAAGCCCUGGAGCAGUUGCUUGAACUCCACGCGGCCACCCCGAACUGCGUCGCGGUGUACCGCCAGUUCCUGCCUGACGAGGACGAGGAGGACGAUGGCGUAAUGACGCCGAAGCCCGUCGACCCCAUGAGGAACGCCCUGGCGGUGGCUCUCGUCGAUCAUGCGCUAGGCAUCAAGCAGGCGCUGGCCCUGUUCUACCGACCAGCCCACCAGGCCACGCAGGCGGAGCUCACGCGCCGGUUCGAGGAGGCGUUCGCGCCCGAGAUCUUGUCCCUCCGACCGAGCGAGCAGGAACGGCCUCAGUGGCCUCGACGUAAGUCGCCGAAAUCCUCGGAAGAACGGCAGAAGCUGCCUGCUACGCGGGCGCUCAGUCCCGAGCAGGAGAUGAUGCGCACACGGAAGAAUCACAGUCGCAAACACUCGGCCAAGCAGUCUGUCAGCCACCGGAUCAGCGUGAUGAACCCGUUCAAGCGCACCAACCAUGCGGCGAGCAGCUCGGUGGCUACGGUGCAGGAGACUGCGAAGGAGCCCGACAGCAAGGCCAAGGAGCCAGAGAGCAAGGUCAAUGGCACCGCGGAGCAUGCCGGGGAGGCGGCCGACCAGGACGAUGCGGCGACCAUCCACAGCCGGACGACCAACCAGUCGCGCGACACACAGAGCAAGCGACGGAGCCUGCUCGGCGAGGUGCUGCACAAGCACACGUCGUCGCUGUCGAUCGCGACGGAGGGCAGCAAGAAGCAGCGGUCGCGCAGCGCGUCUCGCGACACGGCCGGGCAGUCGUACGAGAACAUCAGCCGCACCACGUCGCACCACACGGACGGCACCUCGACGGACGACCGGCCAUCCAUCGCGAGUCCGAAGGGCGGAUGGUCGACGAUCCCAUCGAUCAGCGACUACCCGCGGCCGCCGACGCGGAGCAGCGCGACGUCGAUCCGCAGCCCGGAAAUCAGCAGCCCGACCAGCCACACGAGGCGCGACUCGGUGCUGAAGCGCUUCAGUCUGCUGAAGGGAGUCAGUCGCAAGGGCAGCCGUCUGGACUUCCGGACGGAGACGCCGGUCCGUGAGGAGUGAUCUAUCUCUCUCUGCCUUCUUUCUUUUCUUCUCUCUUUCUUUUCUGCUCAUUUAUUAUUUAUUAUCUAUUUAUUUGAAUUUCUUCAUCCAGCGUCGCGACAUGGGCAUUCUUGCAUUGCAGCGUUGUUGUUUGUCCGGUCUUCUUUACUUCUCUUCUUUUUUUUUUUAUCUUCCU